ACUACACCAAACAGCUAAAGGUUUUCACAUUGCCACCAUUUCCCACUCAAAAAUUUUUAUAGGACCAUCUCAGACAGAAGAUGACCUACCCCCAAAAAGUUUUUUUAUGGAAUUAUCAAUCAAUCAAAACCUUAAUCCCAUAAGUGGGGUCGGCUACAUAAACCAAAAGUGAUUGUUCCAUAUAGUCAUCCACAAAAAUCUUCCUCCUCCAUCCCUUACGAUCAAAUACCUCAUUCUCAUGCAAAUGCAUAUGCUUCAUAUCUUUCCUAACUCCUUCCAACCAAGUCAUUAUCAGUCUCCCUCUACCUCGUUUAACCUCUCCAUGAUCCCACUCUUCCACUCCUCGUUUAAGGCAAUCAUUCAAGGGAUAAAGGCAUACAUACAAGCAAUUAAAAAAAACCGCCAAAUGAAGUCAUGUGACUAUUGAAAAACGAGGGUGGACCCAUAUCCGUGAGUUUCCAAGCUGCCAAACUUCAGCUUGAGUUCCUAUUCACUCCUCUCUGUUUCCUCUAUAAAAUGCCUUUGAAACCCAAGAGCCUUAUUCUAAGUACAAAGAAGCCAGCAUUCAAAAUAUAUUUUCCCUUCCUCCUUACCACAAAACAAUGGCUUUCCAGUUUCCAUCCAUGAUCUCAAACAGCAAACAAAAAAUCAAAUUGCACAAAAACCGGGGAGGAGUUCCAAAAGGUCACCUUGCAGUUUAUGUGGGAGCCAACAAGGAGGGAAAAAAGCGAUAUGUGGUACCUUUGUCGUACUUGAGACACCCUGCAUUUCAAGACCUACUUGGCCUUGCUGAGGAAGAGUUUGGAUUUCAUCAUCCCACUGGUGGCCUUACCAUUCCCUGUGAUGAAGAAACAUUCAUACAUGUCAUGAACUGUCAAUUAAAUUUUUUUCCCUUCAAUUUCUUGUGAAACAUUAUAGAAACAUUCAUUUCAAAAACAAGAACUCUGAAGCUUACAUAUAAUUCUUUCUCAUUUAUGUUCAUUUAUGCUUGGCCCUAGGAUCAAUUCAAUAUCAUCACAAUCAGAUGAUAUCUGUAUAUAUAUACACAAGCUUAUUUUAACAAGUACAUUGAUAAUCAGAAGUAACAUAUACA